AUGCUGUCCUGUCGUGCAGAACCUCAACAGCCCAUGAAAGUCAACCGAGACGGGGGCCAUAUUCAAUGGGCUUGGCGAGUAACCUGCAGAUCCGCUAGCAAUCGUUGUUCUACACACUGGUGCCCUGGCGUUCCAUUAAUUACUCGGCUCUUGGAAUGGAAGCACUGA